UUCUGUCAAAUCGCAGUUUGGCCAGUACAACAACAGGCAGUUGGACUCGGAAGCAUUUUUAAGAGAUAAUGAAAGACAAGGAAAUUGUAUAGUAGCCAGAGCAAAAGUAAAAGUGUAUUUAACAUUAGAUAUCAUCAUCAGUCAUCUCUUCCUAAAUAAAUCACACAUCAUGGAUUCCACUCCGACUAUCGGGGAGUUCUUCCGUACCCUGUGUGAGAUGGGCUUCACAGAAGAGCAGAUUCAGUCAGCUGUGAAGGCAGGACACUUCUCUGUACAAGAGGCAGCUGAGUGGCUCCUCCAAGGAGAAGGUCUGAGACACAAACUGGUAAAGCACCCCGCCCAGCCGGUCCAAACAGCCUUUUCUGCUUUCAACCCUCCCAAAGAUACAGGGACACAAUGCCCCCCAAGCACGUCAAGCUCGGAGCCCUCCGACAUUGGAGACCCAUCUCUGGUCCUGGGCCACCCGCUCCCCUCCUCCCCAGCUGCAGAGCCCGCGCCGCUGGAAUCCCGUAUCAGGCAGGACAAGAGUGACUUCCAGGAGCAGCAGAGGCAGCGUGUGGCCCAGGAGGCCCGCAGCGAGAGGAGGCAUAAGAAACAGGAGCGAGAGCUGGUGCUGAAGCGAAUAGCGGAUGACCGGAGGACCCUGCUGGAGAAGACCCAGCCAGGCACCCCCACAGAACCCUCUCCUCCUGACAGCCAGGGCCAGAAGCUGGGGGGCGCGACUCAGACCAGCCUUGACAACAACUGCAUCCUCAUGAUUCGUCUGCCCUCUGGGGAGUCCAUGAGAGAGCGUUUCCCUGCAGACGCCCCCCUGCGCAGCGUGAUGGAGCACAUCUCUGGCCGCCACCCCUCCCUGCCGUCAUUCUCCCUCCUCCAGGGAUUCCCGCGCAAGCGCUUCGGCGAGGCGGAGCUGGCCUGCUCCCUGCACUCUCUGGGCCUCACCCCCAAUGCAGCACUCUGCAUCCAGACCACGCCUCCAGAGACACCCCAGGACCCAGCCAGCCCCGCCACUCCACUCUCGUCGAGUCAGGCGGCGGUGGAGGAGGUGGUGACUCCGCCCAACCUCCCUCGUCUCCCACCACCGGUCCCGGUCCAGGAGAUGGGGGAGGAGCCUGCCCUUCCACCACCCCUCCCCCAACAGUUGUGGGAGGAGGCAGUGGGCUACGCAGGGAUCCCUGGGGUGGGCCCCCCACUGACCGGCCCCUCCCACUUUUGGGGGCGUGGCAACAAGCUGGUUCCGGGGGAUGCUGAGGGGGCCGCCAGCUCUGACGAUGACGAGCAACUGGAGGAACAGCAAGACCCAGCCCUCUUCCUGAAUGGUUUGCCUCGAUUGCCGUUCUUCCCGGAGAACCGAGUGCGUGUUGGGUUUGAGCCCCGGCACCACUGGCCUGACCAGGGGAACCGGCUCAGGGAGGCAGCAAUGGAGCAGGCCGUAGAGCCAGAGGGGGCUGGAGGCAGGGUGGUGCCCGGGGCGGCGGGCCAGGCUGCGGUGGAGCGUCUCCAGAGAGCUGCCCACCGGGACGACCCCCAAGCCUCCCAGGGGCACCCGUCACCCCCCAAGAGGCCUUUCAGGACACCCAGCGUCCCCUCUCUUUGCGUCAUGGCCACCAGGGCUACCGUGCACCUCAUGACAGCUCCCAGCAUGCAGUACAGCAGCAGCCUGUCAUGUCUGACCCCAGAGCUGGCCGAACUGCUGCUCAGCCACAUGUCUCGUGAGAGGCUGCUGCGGCCCCGGACCUUGGAGCUGUUUUUCGGCUGCCCGCUGCAGAAGUUUGUCCUCAACUGCUACCCUUACUCUACCAACGAACUGCUGCGGCAGCUCCGCGCCUUCACAGCGUUGAAGCACCUUAGCCUUGUGAGCUCACCCCUCAUCACCGAUGCUGGUCUGUCAUUCCUUCCCUGUCUGGUCAAACUGCAGCACCUGAACCUGGCCUCCUGCAGCAAGCUGACAGACUCCUGUCUGCAGCACAUCACAGGCCUGAAGAGCCUGUGCUUCCUGUCCCUGGACCAGACCAAAGUAAGCGAUGUCGGAAUGAUGCUGUAUCUUCAGUCAGCCCCGUCAUCACUGUCCCAGCUCAGUCUGAACCAGACGUCUGUGACGGAGGCCACCCUGGCAGUGCUACCCGCCUGCACUCCACAGCUGCGACUGCUCAGCAUCAAACACACCAAGGUGAGCGUUGUGUCUGCCCUGGCACAGCUGGCCAGCCUGCAGACCCUUUACCUGGAUGGCACCGGGGUGAGGGAGGGUUCCCUGGAGAACCUGGCAACCCACUCCUCUCUCUCUUCCCUCAGCCUGGCCGGCAUCCCCGUUGCUGACGGCAACCACGCCCUUCAGAUCAUCUCGGGUCUUAAGCUGACCCAGCUCACCCUUCCUGGGCGCCACUCAGUGACAGACAGCGGGCUGCACUUCCUCUCCAGACUGUCUCUUCUCUCAGAGCUGGACCUGACUGACUACACACAUGUCACUGACCAGGGAGUCUCUGAGCUGGCAUCCAUGACUAGGCUGAAGAAGCUGUCUCUCAGUAACACCCAGGUGACAGACACGGGGCUGCCCUCUCUGAGGUGUCUGCAGGAGCUGCUGGAGCUCUGUCUGGACCGCACAGCCGUCACCAGCAGGGGCGUGGCUGCUCUGGUCACCUGUCUGCCACACCUGCAGGUGUUGGGACUAGCCAGUACCCAGGUGGGGGACACGGUGGUGAGGAGAGGUCUGGUUAACUGCUCCCAGCUGCUGAAGCUCAACCUCAGCCGCACGCGCAUCACUGACCAUGGUCUGAAGUACUUGAAGCGUAUGAACCUGAGCCAGGUGAACCUGGACAGCUCUGGCGUGACGCUGUUGGGCAUCGCCAACCUCAUCUCCUCCUGCCCACACAUCACCAGCAUCCGCGCCAGCAACACAACGGCCAUCCCCCCCGACCAGGUCUCCGACGACGACGGAGAUGCCCAGACAGUCUGUCACCCAGCUAGACAACCCAUCAGCUAGACAACACAUCGGCCUGACAACCCAUCAGCUAGACAACCCAUCAGCUAGACAACCCAUCAGCUAGACAACCCAUCAGCUAGACAACCCAUCAGCUAGACAACCCAUCGGCCUGACAACGCAUCAGCUAGACAACACAUCAACUAGACAACCCAUCAGCUAGACGACACAUCGGCUAGACGACGCAUCGGCUAGACGACGCAUCAGCUAGACAUUAAAUCAGCUAGUGGCACACCUGCUCUGGCAUCUUUAGCACAUAGCUUUGCGUCCCCUGACUUGAGCCUCUGCAGAUAUUAUACAUGCAUUACACCUAAACCUAUGUAUCAAACCCCCAAACCGCUGAUGUCAUGAUGACAAACUGUCCUCCCACUUGAUCGUGCCACAUAGAUCCAGAAAGUGGCCGACACGUAGUAUGCAUGAAAUGUCUUAAAGCAGGGCAACUAUAUGAAACAACCAGGUGUGUACCAUGUAUGUACCACAGCAUGUUAACUACAAUGUCUAACAUUUCCCUUCAGAAUUCAGAGUCAGUAAAGCAGUUGUAACACCUCAGACCUGGCAGCUCCAGUGAGGGGGAUGGGUUCUAUGCCAGACAGUUAACAUCCAUUCAACCUCAUUUUUCCUGUUCGACUUUGCUUGUAAUCUGAAACAUUUGAAAAGAAAUUCCAUUACAACUGGAUAUCUUAGGCAUACCCUUGUGGUAGGAGUUGGUUGAUGUGUUGGCCGUCAGUUGGCCAUAAUGCAUAUUGCAUGAGUGGCUGGGUUCAUAAGCACCAAUGCACCUUCUGUGAUAUGAAAUAUAGUUUUGCUUCUCCUAUGUUUACAGAGAUGUAAAAUACUGGACAGUUUAUUUUUUCCCCAAAAUGUAAAUGGUUUUGGAUAAGAGCACUGUACAUUUUCAAAGGCAAAUGCAGAAGAAAUAAAUACUGUGUUUUCAAUG